CAGACUGAUGACGUGGUGCCGGGAUCGACGAUGGCCGACCAGAGCAGGCAGAAUAAACUCGCUGCAGCUAAGAAAAAGCUGAAAGAGUUCCAGCAGAAGAGCACCCCGCCACCAGCCAGCGCUGGGCCAAAGAAGAAAAGAAGGGUGAAAGGAGAGAGCCAGGCCGACCCUCAGUACAAUGACAGACACUCGCCAAACCAGGAUAAUGACGAUGUGGGGCCAAGGGAGUCCCCGGAUUCUCAUAUGCAGGAGGACACGAGCGGAGAACGGGACCGCAGCUCGCCUGUUUCUAACAUCCCUGCUGCUACUAACUCUGAGUGUGUCGCUGACAGCGCGACCCUGCAGAACUUCAACCCUGAUGCCAACGGCGAUGAGCACUGUCUGGAAGAAACCAGACCAUUGUCUUCCACAGAGAGUCUGAGGCAGCUCUCUCAGCAGCUCAACGGCCUUCUUGCUGAGUCACCAUCAUCGUAUGUCAAUGGGGAGGCUGGGCCACCUAUCAUCAAUGAAAAGGAGCUGGAGACUCGAAACCAGGAGCUGACAGCUGCCCUGGACUCCAGCACUUUAACAAACUCCCAGCUUACUGCAAAGAUAGAGACACUGGCAAAGCAGUCUCAGGAACUAUCAGACCAGCUGCAGAAGGAAAGGAAGGAGUUUGAGCAGAAGUUUGCCAAGGAACAGGGGACUAUGCGUGAACAACUGCAGGUUCACAUCCAAACGAUUGGCAUUCUGGUGUCUGAGAAGUCUGAACUACAGACAGCAUUGGCUUUUACACAGCAAGCAGCACGCCAAAAGAUAGGAGAGGCAGAGGAACUGAAUAAUCGGCUGCAGUUCAGCAAACAGAGGGUUUCCGAGCUUGAACGAACUUUAUCUACAGUGUCCAAACAGCAGAAACAGUUUGAAAAGCACAAUAAAGAACUGGAGAAGGAGAGAGACGGUCUGCGACUGGAAGUAAUCAGAAUAAAUACCCUCGGUGAGGAGGUGAAGCAGCAGAGUUCAGAGUUGGCCGAACAGCUGAAAUUAAAAUUGAGUGAAAACAAUGCUCUGGGUCUGGAACUGGACGAACUUCGCAAACGAUUAGAAAUGGCAGACGUCAUGCUGCAGCAGUUUUCCAGUAAGCCAGGCUCUCCCACUGAGCACCAACAAGUUCAGCUGCUGCUGGAAGAGAAGCAUCAACUCGAAGUUAAUGCAGCCCAGCUCAGGGAGUCAGUAGUACAGCUACAAAGAGAACGAGACCAGUACGCAGAACAGAUUCAGGAGGAGGGCAGAGUCUGGAAGGACAAGACUGAACAGCUUCUCAAUCAGGUGACCCUGAUGUCAGAGGAGCGGGACAGGAAUGCUGCUCAGAUCCAGGAGCUGCAGGAACAGAUCACAGAGCUAAAGAACGCAGCAGCUUUAAUGUCUCAGGAGCAGGAAAUCCAGGUAACAUCUCAGUCCUCGGGUCCCACUGAAAAAGAGCAGGAGCUGGAGGAGAGUCUUUACAAUCUACAGCAAGAGAGAGACUCGCUCAGUCUGCAGUUCCAAGCACAGGUUCGGGAUAACGAACAGCUGAGCAGGUUGGUGCAGGAGCAGGAGGCGCGACUGGAGGAGCUGGAGAUGCAUGCCGCCCGCUCAGCCGAGGAGGCCCAGGACAAACUGCGCAUCCUGGAGGACGUCCAGAGCGACAAGGCCACCAUCAGCCGGGCCCUCGGUCAGAACCGAGAACUCAAAGACCAGCUGGCUGAGCUGCAGAAUGGAUUUGUCAAGCUGACCAAUGAGAACAUGGAGUUGACAAGCGCUCUGCAGUCAGAACAGCAUGUAAAGAAGGAGAUUGCUCGCAAGAUUGGCCAGCUACAGGAGGACCUCCACAAUGCCAAAGAACAGCUGAUGGAGCAGAGGCAGGAGUCUUCAUCCCUCCUGGAGCAGAGGGAUCAGUAUCUGGCUCACCUGCAGCAGUACUCAGCAGGCUACCAGCAGUUAGUGGCCGAGCGGGAGCAUCUACACAAGCAGUUUUUGCAGCAGACGCAGCUGAUGGACCGGCUGCAGCACGAUGAGGUGCAGGGCAAGACGCAGCUGGAGCAGAGCCAGUUAGAGCUGCAACAGGCCCAGGAACGGCUUGACCAGCUGGCCAAGGACAACGAGCAGCUCAAGUCAGAGGUCCAGGAGCUUCUGAAUAGCUCUGCUUUAAAUACUUCACUCAGGGAUCAAGGUGACGGAGUGGAAAGCCAUUCACUCUCAGAAAGUUUUCAGAAAUCAUCUAUAGCCAUCCCAGAAGACUUUGAGAGUAAAGAGGAAAUGGAGGAAUUUCUGCACUCUGCCCUGUCUCGUCUGGAGGAGGAGAGGGAUGAAAUUAUGCAACGGUUGGAAGAGGAAAAAAGGCUAAACCAGGCAGCCCGGCAACAAAUGGCAAACAUGAGCCUUGAACAUCAACGCCACAGCGAAUGUCCUGAAACUGGGAACGCAGAUGGUGUUCCAAGAGACGUACACGAGGGACUACGGAACGCCAUGGAGAAGCUUCAGGGACGGUUUACAAACUUGAUGCAGGAGAAGGCCGACCUGAAAGAGAGAGUGGAAGAGCUGGAGCACCGCUGCAUUCAGCUGUCUGGAGAGACUGAUACAAUUGGUGAAUACAUUGCACUGUAUCAAAACCAGAGAGCCAUCAUGAAGCAGAAGCACAUUGAGAAGGAGCAGUACAUCAACCGGCUGGCCAAAGACAAAGAGGAAAUGAAGACGAAGUUGGCGGAGCUGCAGGAUCUGGUGUUGCGUCUGGUCGGGGAGAGAAACGAGUGGUACACCCGCUACAUGAGCGCUAUUCAUAGUCCUGAUUAUUUGCCUGGUGGAGAGGACAAUGAGCAGCCUUCAGAGACGUUUUUGGAGCUAAACGCUGUUGAUGGCACUGAUUCAAUGGACAUGAGCACAGCUGUAGAUGUGGCUGCAGAUGUGCAAGGCGGGACGGAUGCAGGGCCGCAGAACAGCGCCGAGCCCCUCGGUGGAUCGUCGUCGCUGAGACCCAGAGAGGACGGCACUGCUCGCCAGAUCAUGCAGCUUCUCCAGGAAAUGCAGACCCCCGAGAUCCAGCCGCCUUCGUUCCUGGAAGAAAAUCCAUGCAUCCCGUUUUUCUACAAGCCUGACGAGAAUGAUGAGGUCAAGAUUAUGGUGGUGUGAGAGAUUUUCAUUACUACUUUUUCUUGGAUCGAGGAAAGAACUCCUGCUUUACCGCUUCCUCGUCUGUUGCACAAAAGCCACCCGUUCUGUUGAUUGAAAGCAUAUUAUAACUGGAAUGUUCUAAGAGUGUGGGCAUUCGUUGUUUUCAUUUGUUUCCUCACAUUUUUCUGGUUUCCAUCCAAUUUGGGUUUUAUCAGCCCUGCUUGAUCAGAGUGUAAGAUGUUUUCACUUCUUAUUGAUGAUCCCAAGUACUUUUCUUCUCGUCCAAACCUCUGAGCGAUAAGUGCAAUAGUAAAUUGUAUCCUAGGUCUUGAAUAUUAAUCAUAUAUCUUCUAACAAAACUUCCAGAGUCCUGACUUGGCUUGGGUUAUUUUAUCUCUACAGCUUGGGACUAUAGUGAGUAAUGCCUAUCGAGCAUUAUACUGCCAGCCAACUGAGUUUCAGUGAAUUGUCAUAGUUGAAGGUGAUGGAUUUUGCUCUAAGAAGAUGGAAGAGGUAUUUUGUAAGUAUUUUGUAUGUAAGUCUGAGAUAGAAAUGUGUUUGGGCAUGAAAAUGUCUUUGGAUAAAAGGCAAAAUCAGUUUAUUAAAUCAGUAUAUGUGAUGCAGAGUAUUAAAUUUGGUGUCCAGUGUCCAGCACUUACAAAUUCACCUAGGGGUGGCAGAUACUGGUAUAAAAGUGAAUACUGGUGUGACGUCGUUCUGUGAUAUGGGUUUUACCUUACUGUGUUUGCUAUAAUCAGCUCAAAAUGAUAAACCACAAACAGCCCCCACCCAGAAGACAAACAUGGCUUUGAACAGCUUAUAUAAAAAUAUUUAGGUGGCCAAUCAAAAAUUUACACUCACUUUAAUGUGACGCUACAUGUUCUUUAAAUACAUUUAUUAAUAGUAGUAGUAGUAGUAGUAUUGUUAUUUUAUACCUUUUAUACCCAAUUUGCAGAGACUUGGACCACUUUUGCUUAAGUCACCCACUACCUAAAAAUGCAUUGAAUAUCCUGGACAUGAAUGCAUCACAUAACAAGCACCUGAUUAUUCGACAGUUUACUCAAUUAGUUUAAUUGUAAAAUGUAAACAUAUAAAACAAUAUAGGGCUUUAAUGUACAGCCCACAAUACUGUAAAUUGGAGGGUUGUGGGCCUAAGUAGGGGAAAACUGAGAUGUAAUAAAGGCAUAGAAUAGAAAAACGAUUAUAUUUAAGGCUUAGUUAUUCAUCUUUCCUAAAUCUUGUCACAUCCAGUCGUUGCGUGUGUACCGGCAUGUGUGCUUUAACCAAAAGUAUGUGUGGAACUUAAUCUUGGGGAAUUGGGUUACAAAACCAUAGCGGCUCAGUGGGUAACAUUCUGAAAUACCUGUAUUUGUCUCAAGAGUUUAAAAGGAUUUCCCAUCAAGUCGCUCCUGUUGGGCUUAGUCGAUCAAGGCUGGGCUUAGACUAUCCUGCAGCAUUUGAAAUUUAAUUAGAAAGAAGCAUCUCUGGGAUAAAAAAUGUAAAUGUAAAUCCAAGUCCUGAAGUCCCUAACUGAAUUUGAAAUCAAUUUGUGGAAAACUUUGGCUGCAUUAGCUUCAGUACAAAAGAAAACAAGGAAUGAUUGAUCACCAAAUUAGUCACGGCUGAUCAACUACAAGUGGAGAUGAGUAAACCCAUGAAUUAAUUAAAGAUUUCUUAAUCAGGGAUGUUUGAGCAGGGAAACAGGUAUCCUAGGUCAGGCUGUGGCCCUCCACGACUUCAGUGGGUCUUCAGUGAUACAUUUCCUAUCAGUUGUCCCUUGGCCGGAAUAGAGCCACCAAAGCAGGUUACAUUUACAGACAAGCUUUACAUGAUGGUUCUGAGUGAGGGCCUGUUCAUAUUUAUAUCAUCUGCAGUUUACCUUUUUUAUUACCCAACACCCUCUGAAGUCACCUAGGUGUACAUAUUCGUUAGAUGAGUGUUCCCAUUCCAAAUCCCACACGAUGAGAUGUAGAAUAUUUCUUAUUAUCUGCUGAGAAUGGCUGCUUUUUUAAAUAAGUGUGGAAAAUCUCUUGCACAAGUUGUAAUGUGAAGAGGCUUGGAAAUAAACGCCUGAGCACAGUGAUGUAUAUCUGAAUCGAUUCUAUGGUGUAAUAUGGCUGGACUUUAUAUGCUAAAACCCGAGCACUUUUCUCUCUAGUCCCUUGAAAUCUUUCCUUUUCCGCUUUACGUUUGUAUUUUCUUUUCUUUCAUGAUCUUUCAUGAAAGUUAUUUGAUUAUUAUUAUAACCUCCACUUAAAACGACAUAUUUUUCUGCUUCUCGAAAGUUUCUGAUCAGUCUUUCCUGAUGCGAUGAGGAAAGAACGUGGCGCUUGUAACAGAGUUUGUAAAUAAUGUAACUGUGUAACAUAAUGUAUAUUCAUUUAGGCUGGUGUGUGGAAGAUCAGUAUACAUAAUUACUACUACUGGGGUGAAAAUUGGACAAAUGAUUGAAAAUGGAAGCUUGUGUAAGGUGGAGCGAGGGGGUGUGAUUUAAUGCAAUUAAAUGGUAAAUAGUGAAAUUAUUUAUUUGCAAUAUGUAGUUACACUAACGUUUUAUUUUCCGACUGUUUGGCACGAUGAAGGAAUAACAGAACAGCAAGUACAUUUAGUGAAAGUAUUUUUGCCCCUCCAUGAUUUCUUUUGUUUCUCUUAAAUAAACCUGAGCAAGAUGAGA